ACACGAUAGGCAAAUCCCUAAAAUUCUGUAGUGAUAUAUUGUUUUUUUCUUUUUUUUCCCCUUUUAAAAAUCAUUUGUUUGGUUUACGAUGGCCGCCAAAUCCAAACGUAAUACUCAGACGGCUAACGAACGGAACCGGGAUACACCCAUUACGCCGCUGCGCCGAUUGGUAAUACCGCGCCCGGACAUCCUCCACUCCUAUCUGGAGUAUAAGCAAGUUAACCAGUAUCUGGAGUAUCUGGCCCAGAGGUAUCCCCACUUUGUGCACAUGUAUACGCUGGGCCAAACGCACGAGAAGCGUGAAAUUCGAGCUUUGGAGAUAAACUGGAUGAACUCGGAAAACUCAGAAUUAUCCUCGCAGAUGCGUGAGCAUUCGCCACCGCCUUUUGUUGCCCAAGGACGAUUCAAAGCUCCGGUGGUCCACACGGGCGAACACUGCCGGAAGACGGUCUUCAUCGAGGCGGGAACCCAUGCCCGCGAGUGGAUCAGCAUCUCCACGGCCCUCAAUUGCAUCUACCAGCUGACGGAGCGCUACACCAGGAAUAUAGAGGUCCUGCGAAAGCUGCGCUUCAUCAUUGUGCCGUUGGUCAACCCCGAUGGAUACGAAUACUCCCGCACCAAGAAUGUUAAUUGGCGCAAGAACAGACGACCUCACAAAUCUAGCAAAUUUGUGGGCACCGACUGCAACCGGAACUACGACAUCUUCUGGAACAGCGGACCCAGUAAGAUAAACCGGAAUACGUAUAAGGGAGAACGUGCCUUUUCCGAACCGGAGACGCGGGCCAUAAGGAAUAUACUGGACCGGAUGAGUUCCAACCUGCUGUUCUUCCUGUCGCUGCACUCUUACGGCCAAAGCAUUAUGUACCCGUGGGGCUACUGCCGUGAGACUCCGCUCUACUGGCGGGAGUUGAGCUCCCUGGCCAAUUCCGGAAAGAGUGCCAUUAAAUCUUACAACGGUCGGGAGUACCGGACGGGGAGCAUCAGCUGUCUGACCAAGCGCACCAUAGCCGGAUCAGUUGUGGACUACGUGUACGGAGUGCUAAGGGUGCCAAUGGCUUUGGUGAUGGAGUUGCCUUCGCGAGAACUAGGCUUCCAACCGCCCGUUGAGAUGGUCAGUCAAAUCGGUCACGAGAGCUGGUAUGGCAUCCGGGAGAUGUGCAAGCGCUCCUAUGACCUGCGACUCCAGAUCAAGCGAGAGAAUGAGCCGCCAUUGCCCCGCCCGGCUCACUACGAGUCACCACAGCCUAGUAAUGAAGCCAUGACAACCGAAACUCCGACUCCUGAGGAGUCGGCGGCUGGAGGCGAUUGUCCCAAGACCUUGCCCAAAAAGAAAAAGCGGGUGAAGGCCUCGGUCCUGGCGCAACACGAAGCCAUCCUCCGCCUUCAUAAAGGUUCCAAGGCAAAUGGACCACAGGUCCUGCCAGAGGGACUCCAAGCCCUGCCCGCUGGUCUGUUUCCCAGGCAAUUGGCCCCAAAAUAUCCACCAAUGAAGCGAUCCGGCCUUAGUCGUGAUGGUCGAGGCGGAGGCGAUGGGGUGAUCCUUACCAGCCGUGGCAAGCCUCCCAUCUCAUCAACCAUGCCGCUGGGAGUGUUCCUUUAAACUAAAAGUUGUCCGUUUGUGAUUAUAAGUUUACAUUUAAAAUUAAUGUAUUUUAAAUUAAAUGUGUAAGCCCAUUAGCAGGGAGCAUUUCCAAUAAACUGCUAGUUUAAUUUA